AUGUUGUCCUGGGUCUACCCCGUCAGAAUCGUCCAGGCUGUCUUUGCCCUGGCGACCAUUGGUCUGACUGCAUAUAUCAUCGGAACUCUAUAUGACGAGUGGUCCUUCUCAAGUGUGAUCUAUUUCAUGCUCUUCAACGGCUGCUGGACAGCUGUUGUCGCCGUUCCCUACUUAGGCCUUGCACCGCUUUGGGUUCCGCGCCUCUCACACGAGUUCGUUAUCCCCGCUGUCGAACUCGUUACAAUGGGCCUUUGGCUGAGUGGAUGGAUUGCCAUGGCUGCGUUGAUUCCUGGCCCGAGCGCGUGUACCUACUCGAGCUGUUAUGCGCUUCAGGCGCAGAUUGUUGUUGGGGCUGUUGAAUGGGCGCUUUUCUUGUUCACUAAUGUCUUUGCUAUUAUGGAUAUUACGAACUCGAGAAAGAACCACAAGGCUCGUGAGCAGGAGCAGCCUGAGGUCUCUCAGGCAGAUGCCGCUGAAGCUGUUUGA